AUGACAAUCACAAACAAGUCUGUCCAGGUCGGCGUCGGUGUACUGAUCAUGCAUGCCCAAAAAGUCCUCAUCGGAAAGCGGAUUGGUUCCCAUGGCGCCAACACUUGGCAGUUGGCUGGAGGUCAUCUCGAGUUCGGCGAAGAGUUUGAAGAAUGCGCCAUCCGCGAGGCAUUGGAAGAGACAGGAUUGACGUUAGACCCAGCAUCCGCAAAAUUCGUCACUGCCAACAACAACCUCAUGCCCUCCAUUGACCGCCACUAUGUCACUGUCUUUGUCGCCGCAAACGUCCUCGGCGACACCAAGCCCAAGAUCAUGGAACCAUUGAAGUGUGAGGGAUGGGAGUGGGUGACGUUGGACCAAUUGGCCGACAACAAUGGUCCUUACCGCCCUCUGUUCUCGCCACUUGCCAAGAUGGUUGACGAGUACGACCUUAAGGCUCUUUUCGCCAAGAGCACAUAG